AUGGAGAUAAAAGGGAAAGCCACCGAGAAGGAAUCUCAGUCUCCAAAGUUCACUCUUCCGGUGGACUCAGAGCACAAGGCAACAGAGUUCCGUUUGUUCUCAGUAGCUGCUCCCCACAUGCGGGCAUUCCAUCUGUCUUGGGUUUCUUUCUUUGCUUGUUUUGUCUCUACUUUUGCUGCUCCACCCCUUCUUCCUAUCAUACGUGACAACCUCAACCUCACUGCCACUGACAUCGGAAAUGCAGGCAUUGCAUCAGUGUCUGGUGCAGCAUUUGCUAGAAUUGCUUUGGGGACUGCUUGUGACCUUUUCGGACCCCGUCUUGCCUCUGCCUCAUUGAUCCUCCUCACUGCACCGGCAGUUUACUUCACUUCCAUUGCCUCAUCUCCUACUUCUUUUCUCCUCGUACGUUUUUUCACAGGUUUCUCUCUGGCCACUUUUGUCUCAACUCAAUUCUGGAUGAGCUCUAUGUUUUCUGCCCGAGUAGUCGGCACGGCUAACGGUGUUGCAGCAGGUUGGGGUAACCUUGGUGGUGGGGCAACACAACUAAUCAUGCCCCUUGUGUUUGGGCUCAUCCGUGACAUUGGAGUACUCAAGUUUACAGCCUGGAGAAUUGCGUUUUUCAUUCCUGCCCUGUUUCAGACACUAUCAGCAUUUGCAGUGUUGAUCUUUGGAAAGGACUUGCCUGAUGGAAACUUCAGGCCGCUGCAGAAAGCAGGGGCUAAACCAAAAGAUAAACUAUCAAACGUCUUCUAUCAUGGAAUCACAAAUUACAGAGGGUGGAUCCUGGCACUCACUUACGGGUAUUGUUUUGGAGUAGAGCUGACAGUAGACAACAUUAUUGCGGAAUACUUCUAUGACAGAUUUGACCUCAAACUCCAUACAGCAGGAAUCAUUGCAGCAAGUUUUGGUCUAGCAAACAUAGUUUCUCGACCAGCUGGAGGAUUGAUCUCAGAUGCAGUGGCAAAGAGGUUUGGGAUGAGGGGUAGGUUGUGGGCUUUGUGGAUAGUGCAAACCUUGGGAGGUGUGUUCUGCAUCCUUCUUGGACGAGUUGAAUCUUUAGGCGCAUCUAUUUUGGUAAUGAUUGUGUUCUCUUUCUUCUGCCAAGCAGCAUGCGGACUAACCUUUGGGGUGGUGCCGUUUGUCUCUCGAAGGUCAUUAGGGCUAAUAUCUGGUAUAACUGGAGGUGGUGGAAAUCUGGGUGCAGUUCUAACUCAGCUAAUUUUUUUCAAAGGAUCCAAAUACUCAAAAGAAACAGGGAUAACGCACAUGGGUGUCAUGAUUAUAUGCUGCACUUUUCCAAUUUGUUUUGUAUAUUUCCCACAAUGGGGUGGAAUGUUUUGUGGUCCAUCAUCUAAAACAGUUGCUACAGAGGAAGAGUACUAUUUGUCAGAAUGGAGUACGGAGGAGAAGGAGAAAGGCCUACAUCAAGCAAGCUUAAAAUUUGCGGAUAACAGCAGAAGUGAAAGAGGUGGAAGAGCAGAUUCUGAAACCAGGCCAGCAGAUGAAAUCCCAUCAGCACAUGUCUAGAGCAUGCCUCACUUCUCUAGUGUCUGCUAGAAACCCACCAGGCGAGCAAGUAAUGUGAAUUAUGUCUAUAAUGGUCAAGUUUUAGGCUGCAAGCUCUCAAAACAUAAGAAAAGUUAAGCAUUGGACAUGUACACCUAUUGUGAUAUAGUAAGACCUCAUGGUCUGUAUGAAAAUGAUGCUUAAUUUCCAC